UGAACACUAGCAGGAGAAGUCUCAACUUGCCUAGGGCGAAAAGAAUUCUGAAGAGGGGUCGACAACGUGCCAUGUGGUCGUACUUGUUGGCGGGCCUCACUUCAGAGUGACCUUCUGAUCCGGCCCCUAUAUUAUUUUAUCAUCAUGAAUAUUUGCAUGUACACAUACAAAAGAAGGAGUGUCCAAUGUUGACAUGACCCGGCUGACAUCAGUUUUCCAGGGGGUUGUAGGAAGGCUGUACCUGAGCCUGUAGAAUGAAGGUACCAAUGCUUCUGUCUCUUCCUCCUCUUUCUUCUUUCUCCAACUUCUUUUGUUGCUACCGCACGACACACCCAAUAUUCUUUCCUCCUUCACUGCAAAAAUGAUCAGUUCAGCACCAGCAAUCCCGAAAAUCCAUCCCGUCUUUGCUACCCAGCCCCAGGCCCUAUCCACGUUAGAUGAAGGCGAUCUUGAAGUUGAGUACAAAGAAGGAGCGUUUUCCAUCGACGCCGCCAUCUCGCAACAGCAACCACAGCAACAGCAGCAACAACACCAACAGCAGAAUAAGUCUGAUGGUCAACUCUCGCCAGGGCAAAAGACACCCCAGCAGCAGCCGCCUCCUCAUGGGUGGACUGUCAGAGCACUUUACGACUUCGAGGGACAGCCCGAGUUUUCGGAGCUAUCCUUUUCUGCAGGCGAUGUGCUCACCGUUAUGAAAGUGGGACUUGCGGAGGGAUGGUCCCUUGCCGAGAAGGAUGGGGUUCGUGGACUUGUUCCAGAGGCCUAUAUCACUUACAUCCACGACUUUUCAGCCUCACCCGAUGGUCAUGGUGGUCACACUCAGCAGACUUCAACUGCUUCGGUUUACUCUAGUUACUCAACUGCCAUGGCGACCGCCAGUACAAAUCCUCGGAACUCUGUCUUUGGCAAGCGACAGCUGAACAGAUUUUCUUGGUUCGUGACAACUGGCGUGGAAGAAUUCCUCCUGACAGGUGGUGCAACUUCCAACGGUUUGAACUCGACAAAGCAUGGUCAAGGGUACUCGACAGAUAUGCUCGGUCACCGCCUCAGCUCUGUGCAAGAUCUGCUCGAAAAGUCGCCACCUAAUUCUGGAGGGUCUUUAAGACAGCAUCAGCAACCUCAGGGAUCAGGAUCAAGCGUCCGCAGCCAUAGCGGCAACAAGGUCCUGGCGGAUUCUGAGGAUGAGGAGGAAGUGACCGAGUCCGACAAGCACUACAUUCAGUCGGGUCCUACCUGGCAAGAGAAAGCUCCCCUGUUUAAUGUGCGAGUGCACGAUCCGGAGACAAGGCGCAAGAUGGUCGGAAUGCAAGAGUACACGCUUUUCCAAGUGACCUCAACGUUCACACAAGGAGUCUCUGUGACGGUGGAGCGUCGAUACAGUCAAUUUGAAUGGCUAUAUGAGCGUCUGGUGAACAAGUUUGGUGCGAUCAUCCUACCACCUUUGCCCGAGAAGCAAUAUGCAGGUCGAUUCUCCGAAGAGUUUAUUGAGCGAAGGAGACGCGCUUUGGAGAGGUUUUUGAACCGACUAGUGCGACACCCUGUGCUGCGCUACUCUGAUUUGUUGACACAUUUUUUAAGCUGCAGUGAGGACAGCGACUGGAAGCGAGCUGAGCGCAAGUUUGACAAUGAUCGCAUCGUCGGCACCGCCUUCUUUCAGCAUGUGUACCAUCCAGAGUUCAAUGUCAACGAGGAUGGGGACAUUGACCUGGUUGAACGGUUUAAUGCACAUUGCAAGGGAACAGAACGAUUAAUGCCGUUUUUGAUGGACGCGACCAUGGCUUAUAAGGAAGGCAUCAGUGAUUCACAAUUCAGAUAUAAGCGAUUCGGGCUGGCGCUGCUUAAUCUGAUCUCGACGACCAAAGACGGAAUGGAGAAUCAGACCCUGAACGAUGAGCUAUCCUGGUGCUGGCGCGAGAAUUGUGUCGACUGCCUCCGAUUGACAAAGGCAAUGCAGACUACCGCAGAGUCCAUGCAGCUUAUGGCAAACAUUCACCAGACGCAUAUCACAGAGGGAUGCCAGCCUUGGCAGGACAUGAUCAAGGAGAAUGCCACGCCUUCAUCGACUUUUGCCCCUUUGGUGGACAUGCACACAGGAACUCACAAGAAGCUGAUUGAGAUCCUUGAAAAGGAGCAAACCAUGGAGGAGAUCGACUCUGAGACUGUCAAGUCGAGAUGCGACACGGUCUUUAAUAUUACGUUGGCGGAGAUGGAUCGUGUACACGACGAGCGCAUCCAGGACUUUCAAAAGGGCACCAAGGAAUUUUUGGACUCUCAGAUUGCUUAUCAUGAGAAGAUGCUCGCUCAUCUAAAGCAAGCACGCGCGGUCUUUGAAGAACCCCACUACGAAGACCUAUCCAAGACGCCUCGAUUCCGGUCUAAGUACGAGAAGGACCUGGAGGAUCAACGGUACCAGUCCCAGAAGCCCUCGAGACCCGUUUCCGCAGCAUCCGUUGCGUCGGUCUCCAACAUGGUCGGAGGUGUUGUGGAUGGAGUUGGCUUCAUGAACGGCCUGCUCAAGAAUAAGGCGCGUUCUUCUGCUGGACGAAGUCUUAUGGGCUUUUGGUCGUAAUGUGAAAAUGAAGCGGUGGUUCAGGAAGAAUAGGGCCACAAGUAGAAGUGUAUCUUUUUUCUUUUUUUCGCAAGUGUGUUGAAAAGCUUGAUAUACAAUAGAUAAUAAUAAUUAUAUUGCCGCUCGCAUCUUCAGAACCACAGUGGGC